AUGGUGCAACCCCAGCCUCGCACAGUCAAAACUGACCCUGAAGAGAUGCCUCUUACGGCGUGCUAUGGCGCUACAAAGGUGUCCUUUUCAGUAGAGCCCCUUUCUGCCCUGAACAGCUACAAGGGAGACUGCGUGGUGUUCGUUUGCCGGGGAUCGCUUCCUUCAGAGGCCGCGGAGUUCGAUGCCCAACGAGGGGGCCUCCUUGCAGGUGCCCUCGCAGAGUCCGAUUUCAAGGGAGAUGCUGGCUGCCUCUGUAGCGUGCGUGUGGGUGAAGACGGCCCUCGUUAUUUGUGUGCGGUUGGAGUCGGGGAGCACAAGACAUUUGAUGCCACGGUGGUUGGUACUGCUGUUGCUGCUGCACUGAGAGAAAAGAACAAGCUGACAUCUGUGGCGUUAUAUAUCCCGGAUCUCUGCCAAGGCUGCCCCUGUCCAGAGGCCCCGAAAGUCUUCGCCAGAAAGCUUCAGGCAGUACUAGAGACGAUUCUUGUGGAACUGAACGCAGAUAACAGAUUCAAGGGUACAGGCACCAAGAACCCUAAAUCUUCCAGUUUGGAGAGGCUGACGAUCUUUACAGCCAACGAGGAAGGGACACGAGUCGUUCUCAAUUCUGCCCGCCUAGUUGCUGGUGGGAUUCAUCUGGCUCGGGAGUUGGUAAACGCCCCAGCAAACGUCUGCACCACUGUCACCCUCGCAAAGGCUGCUGAGAAAGUAGCAGCUGAGGGGGGAUUGGAGUGUAAGAUAUUGGGUCAGUCUGAAGCAGAGGCCCUGGGGAUGGGUUGUUACCUGUCUGUGGCCAAGGGUUCCAUGUAUCCUCCGCAAUUUAUCCAUUUGACUUACAAGCCCCCGGGUGUCUGCAAAAAGAAGCUGGCGUUUGUUGGCAAAGGACUUUGUUUCGACAGUGGGGGCUACAACAUUAAGAGAGCGGAAACGAAUAUAGACCUAAUGAAAUUUGAUAUGGGCGGCGCCGCUGCCGUGUUGGGGGCAGCUAAGGCUAUUGCGUCUCUGAAGCCAGAAGAUGUGGAGGUACACUUCAUAUCGGCCGCGGCAGAAAACAUGGUCUCAAGCCGAUCCUACAGACCCGGUGACGUCAUAACUGCCAGCAACGGGAAGACAGUGGAAGUGGGAAAUACCGAUGCAGAGGGACGCCUUACUUUGGCAGAUGCUUUAGUGUAUGCGGAAAAGUUGAACGUUGAUGUCAUCGUGGACGUUGCAACGCUUACUGGCGCCUGCAUCAUUGCUUUGGGAGAGAGCUAUGCCGGUCUCUUUAGCCCCGAUGAUACUCUGGCUGAGGAGAUUCUCAAGUGUGCCGACCGAUCCUGCGAGAGAUUGUGGAGGAUGCCUUUUGUCCCGCGGUAUCGAGAUCUUCUAGACUCGAAGUGCGCAGACCUCAAUAAUGUGGCAACCAAGGGAAAGGGAGGCGGUGCCAUCACUGCUGCUGUUUUCUUGAAGGAAUUCGUUGAUAAGACUCCCUGGGCCCAUAUUGAUAUUGCCGGGCCCGCAUGGUGCUCCAAGUCCAGCAGCGGUACAGGCUAUGGGGUCAGAACUCUUGUAGAACUCGCUCUGUCGGCUACUAAGUAA